AUGCUACUGACACAAAUUAACUACACUCUUCCUGUAACCUUUCAUCACUCAGUUGAAUUAAUUAUUCUUAAUGAUGGUUAUGGCAAUUUAUCUGAGGAAGCAAUCUCAAAACUUACAAAAGACGAUGCAUGGAGUAAAAUUGCGGACCAGGUUUCUCUUGUCGGUUCAGACCGCACAGUGCUACAAUGUAAAAAGAAGCUAUCUGAUCAAAAAUCUGACAGCAAGAGAAAAGCAGCACGGAUUAUUUCUAGUCUAAACAAGACUGACGGGGGUGAGGGGUGCUUGGAAGAGCUUAACUCCAUUGAUCAACAAAUGGUGUCCAAGAUGCCAAAAGCCAAAAAUUUACAGGGAAUCACUGGAGGUAUUGAUUCUCUUUAA